CCACACAUCCUCAGUUAGCGGAAGCCCAAUAACUCCCCCAACUUUGUCCGAACCUGCAAAGCAUCACAAAAACUUACCACCUUAACAUGUCACCAUAGCCACAGCUUCUUUUUAGAAAAUACAUAAAUGAAGGAAAAAAAAAAAAAGGAUUAAGUAUAACUGGAAAGGAAAAGGGACUAACUAACUGUUACUUAACAAAGAGCCUCCCUUGAAAUCAUCUGCGAAGGAAGAGGCCUGAAGGGACACACUCCUCUAUCCUUGUUAUAAUACCUUUCUCUCUCUCUCUCUCCACCCCUCUUAAUUCCUUUGCUCCCACAGAGGCCUGAAGGGAGAGAGGAAGAAAGGAGGAGGAGGAGGAGAAGGAGAAGAAGAAAGAUGGCAAUUUGCACAAUGAUCUACACUGCACCAACCCUCCACUCUCCAUACUCUUCCUUCUCCAGCCCGGCUGCAGGCAAAGCCCACCUCCUCGGCUUCCACCAGAAGCAGCUCAUCCUCUUCACCAGCGAGAGAAGAGCAGCAGCGCGGAGAAGCAGCAGCAGCUCGUUCGAGGUCUCCUGCGAGGCGAAGACCGUGGUGAUCGGUCUCGCGGCGGAUUCCGGCUGCGGGAAGAGCACCUUCAUGAGGCGGCUGACGAGCGUGUUCGGCGGCGUGGCGGAGCCACCCAGGGGGGGGAACCCGGACUCUAACACGCUGAUAAGCGACGUCACUACGGUGAUAUGCUUGGAUGAUUAUCACUCGUUGGAUCGGACCGGGCGGAAGGAGAAGGGCGUGACGGCGCUGGACCCGCGAGCCAACAACUUCGAUCUCAUGUACGAGCAGGUGAAGGCGAUAAAAGACGGGAAAGCCAUCGAGAAACCGAUUUACAAUCACGUCACCGGCCUGCUCGACCCGCCGGAGCUCAUCCAGCCGCCGAAGAUCCUCGUCAUCGAAGGAUUGCACCCAAUGUACGACGCCCGCGUGAGGGAUCUACUGGACUUCAGUAUCUACUUGGACAUCAGCAAUGAUGUUAAGUUUGCAUGGAAAAUUCAGCGAGACAUGGCGGAGCGAGGGCACAGCCUUGAAAGCAUCAAAGCUAGCAUUCAAGCCCGGAAGCCCGACUUCGACGCUUAUAUCGAUCCGCAGAAGAAAUAUGCCGAUGCGGUGAUUGAAGUUCUGCCGACUCAACUGAUUCCCGGUGAUAACGAAGGGAAGGUGCUACGGGUCCGACUAAUAAUGAAAGAAGGGUUGAAGUACUUCAAACCUGUUUACCUCUUUGAUGAAGGAUCAACCAUCAACUGGAUUCCCUGUGGGAGGAAAUUGACCUGCUCGUACCCUGGUAUCAAGUUCUUCUACGGUCCGGAUAGUUACUUCUCAAACGAGGUUUCGAUGCUGGAGAUGGAUGGGCAAUUCGACAGAUUAGAGGAGCUCAUAUAUGUGGAGAGCCAUCUGAGCAACCUCUCCACCAAAUUUUACGGAGAGGUGACACAACAAUUGCUGAAGCACUCAGAUUUUCCGGGAAGCAACAACGGUACAGGACUCUUCCAAACAAUCGUUGGGUUGAAGAUAAGAGAUCUCUACGAGCAACUCAUUGCGGAGACCGCAGCAACUCCAGCUGAAGCAGCCAAAGUUUAAUUUUGGUUAAGUUUUCUAAAUCAAGGAGUUUGAGUUUUCAGAGCAUGUUUACCAACUUAAGAUGAAAACAACCACAUGUAUAUUUAUUGUAAUUCACUUUGGAAUGUGUAAUACGGAGAAGGGAAGAAGGACAUUGCAGAAAAAAAAAAGAAGAAAUUAUAAACUAAUA